AUGGAGGGCCGGCAGGCCCACAGGGGCGGGAUUUCUCCACUCCUGUGUAGCCAGAGUCCAUCAGAGCGGCGAGCAGCAGCAGCAGCAGCAGCAGCAGCAGCGACAGCAGCAACAGCUGCAACAGCAACCCCAGUGGCGAAUUCAUCAUUGAGUAUGGAUCAUCUACUGGACAUUGGCAGCUUGCUGCAAAAGCAGCAAAUACACUUGCCAGCAGCAGCGUCACUGCUGCCAGUGUCAGCGGCAGCAAGAGCAGCACUAACUGGAAAAGCAGCAGCAGCGGCAGUAGCAGCAGCAGCUGCUGCACCACUACCAAGUUCAAAAGGCACUCAAGCGAAACAGUCCACCCAAAGAGGUGGAGAGUCGCCUUUGUCCCGCAGCGCCAGCAGAACUGCAGCAGCAGCAGCAGCAGCAGCAGCAACUGCACAAGGAGCAACAGAAGAGCUUUACGCGCAGCAGCAGCAUCUUCGCCAGCUUUCUUCCGAGGAUCAACGGCAGCAAAAUGUGCUGAGUGGUUCUUGUCGCUUCUCUCGCCCCAGUGAGACCCCCUUAAGGCAGCAGCAGCAGCAGCAGCAGCAACAACAACAACAACAACAACAAGCACGGCAGCAGAGCGCCGAAAUUGCUUCUAUCCGCCAACAGCAGCAGCAGUUGUUGCGCCUUCUUUUGCUGCUGCUUCCAUCAGAGGCAGGGCACCACGGAGAACGCACUGGCCGAGCUGGGGAAGCAACAGCAGCCGCAGCAGCAGCAGCAGCAGCAGCAGCAGCAGUAGGCAAUGGCAGCAAAGCCAGCUCAGCUGCAUCCAGGCCGCCACUUACACACCAAUCUCAAGGGCUAACUGGGGCAACCUCACCGCAGGAUAACCAGCAGCAGCAGCAGCGGCAGCAGCAACAGCAGCAGCAGCAGCAGCGGAGGCAGCAGGAACCCCAGCUGCUGCAGGCAUUGCUUUCAGGCGCGGGAGCAUCUCGGGGAGCCGAUUUGCUUCUAGCUCUGCAGCAGCGCAGCAGAGCAGAAGCAACAGCAGCAGCAGCAUCGCGGGAAACAACAGAGAGGGGCUUGCAGUCCACGCCUGCUGCUGCUCUACCUGCGCCUGCUGCUGCAACGCCAAUUUGCAUGUCCCCUCAGCAGCUGCAGCACCGGCAGUGGCAGCAGCAACCGAAGCAGCAGCAGCAACAGCAAGUACAGCAGCAUCAGCUAAAGAGGGAGCAGUGGAGGGCCACUGCCACAGCCGAGGAGAUACUGCGAAUGUGCAACAUGCUGAACCUGCUGCAGCAGCAGCAACAGCAGCAGCAGCAACAGAAGCAGAAUAAAGAGAGGCACACGCCACGUAGAGCUGAACCGCAGCAGGAAACGCCGCAGCAGGUGGCCCAUCUCCAGCGGCAACAGCAGCAGCAACAACAACAGCAACAGCAGCGACAGCAGCAACAGCAGCAGCAAGAACGACAACAACAGCAGCUACAAGAAAGACAAAAGCAACAGCAGCAGCAGCAGUUACAAGAAAAGCAAAAGCAACAGCAGCAGCAAAAACAAGAACAGAAGCAGCGGCAGCAACAGCAACAACAGCAACAGCAGCAGCAGCAGCAACAACAGCAGCAGCAGCAAGCAUCUUCUUGGCUAUGCAGUGAAGGCGUUUCACUCAGCGAUGCAAAGCAGCGAGUGGCGCUGCUGUCUCUUCCCGUUCCCUGCUAUGAUGAGCAGCAGCAGCAGCAGCAGCAGCAGCAGCAGCAAGACACGUAUAGUCGGGACAGCACAAGGCCCUUCCAUAGGGGUGGCAGCGAUACCUUCAAAGACCUCAGUGGGCAAGGUAGCAGCUGCUGCUCUUCUCCCUCUGCCUCGCACUCAUUUGCACAAGAUCAGCAGCAGCAGCAGCAGCAUCAAGUGUUGCUGCAGCAACGAUUCGGCUGGGCUUCUCCAGACGGGGAAACGCCUGGGGAGUCUGCAGAGCAGCCACUGCAGCAGCGAUUGAAGCAGCAGCUCCACAGCUUGAUGCACCAGCAGCAGCAGCAACGGAGGCAGCAGCAGCACGAGCAGCCGCCCAGCAGCACGCCGUGCAGCAGCAGCUGUUGCUGCUGCUGGGAAGAUGCGUUGUCUGUCCGUCUGUCUUGCCGUGGCUCUCUGCAGCAAGCGCCGGCUGCUGCUGCUGCUGGGUCUGCAGCAGCAGCAGCAGCAGGACGAUGCGCACAUCGCAGCGAAGGGUCCAACUCGGAUAUGCAGGGAGCUCAGGAAGCGCAAGAGCAGCAGCAGCAGCAGCAGCAGCGGCCAUCCCCAGCAGCACGUUCGCGGGGGCCCCCCAAAAAGCGCCAAGGGGCCUCCAGCGGGCAAAGACACAGCAGCAGGAGGGGCCCCAGCAGCUGCAGCAACUGCGGAGUUCGGCAGACACCUCAGUGGCGAUACCUAGAGGGGCAGCCAGUCUGCAACGCCUGUUACAUGCGUGCGCGGAAGAAGCCCAGGAGGAACAGCAGUGGCAGCAGCGCCAAGCCGCAGCAGCAGCAGCAGCAGCAGCUGCAGCAGCAGCAGCAAAAGGCUGCUGUACUGCACGAGGCGCGUCUCAUGCUCCUGCAGCAGCCAGUGCAGCUCACUGAGGCGCUGCAGGAGCAACAGGCGCAAGACCACCAGCCGCAACAGCAGCAGGUGCACCAGCAGCAGCAGCAGAAGGAGCAGCAGCAGCAGCCCUCUGCAGCAGAUGUAGAAAGAACUGCUUUGCCCCUCACACUCAACGUGCAGGCAGAAACACAGACGAAUGCGCUCUAG